UAUACCAGUUUUAAACACUACCCGCAAAAAUCAUCUUUAUCAUAUAUAUGAUAAAGAAGUUUAUUUUUUCGUAGUGUUUCUAUGCGGUAUUGUUUUUAUUGGGUAGGUUUAAAAAAUGGUAGAGACGUUUUUAGUAGUAUAUUUUAUUGGUAGUAAUUUAUUAUGGUAUAGGUGUAAUAUGGUUGAGUUAUUAAUGGUAGGCAUAUUAAUGGUAGAGAUGCUAAUGGUAAGCAUUUUUAUGGGUGACCUGUAUUGUGGUAGAAAUGCUUAUGGUAGAGAUUGUUAUGGUCGAGUUCGUUUCUGGGAGGGUUGUAAUCUGGUAGAGUUGUAACGUGAGAGAGUUCUUAAGUGGUAGAAUUGUUGAUUGGUUGAGAUUUUUGCGGGUAGUGUUUAAAACUGGUAUAGUUGUUGUGUGGUACAGUUACUUGUGGUAGGCCUAGUUGUGGUUCAGUUGUCAUAAGAUAGAGGAUUUUUCUGGUACACUUAUUAAUGUGCCAUAUAUUAUGGAGAUUAUAAAGUAUGUACAGUUGUAAUUGAAUAUAUGUAGAUGUCACUGAGUGUAGAUGUCGUAUAUACAUAUGUAUGUGCGCUUGAUUAAAAGAAUUAAGAGCAUUAAAAGUAAAUUUUGUCAGAGUUGAGUAGUUUUAGCGGCUUUAGCUGAUAAUUUUAGCCUCAUUAUCAAUAAACAAAAAUCGCCUAAAUCUUCAUCUGGACAACACAUGUUAUAAUAUAUAUUUAUAUAUAAAAAAAAAUAAAUAAAUAAUGAUUAAUUGAUUAAUUUUAUUAAUUCAUUGAAGGAAAUAAAAAAAAUCAUUUAUAAUUAAAAUAAUGACCGAAUCAUUUCGUGAACCAGCAUUAUUUGUUGGAGAUAUUGAUGAGAAGAUUGAUUUCUCAAAGCCUCCAACCUCUGGUGAAGAAUACAUAAAGCGUGUUGUAGUUGAAGCAAAGCAGUGUGAUGAUAUUGUCGUAGCAAAUAUUGAUACUAAAAAAUUAAAGAAACCUACUGUUGAUGUUAAACAUUUGGCAGGGUGUGUUGAAGCUCCAGAAACGUUAUGUCCAACAUUGGAGUGGCAAAAUUGUCAGGUUGCUGAUUUUUCGGAGCUGAGACUUAAUGUAGCUGGACUUAAAAUUCUAAGGGAGAAUUGCAGGAAUAAAAAAAAAUCAGUAUUAGUGCUUCCUGAUGCUGAUGAUCAAACAGACUGGAUAAAUUUUUGUCUUGGAUCUGCUGACCAAGACCCUCAUGUUCCAACACUAGAUAUAAUUUUUUUAAUGAACCAACCUUUAGUUGAACAAGUACUAGAAUAUCUUAUAGAAGAAGUAGAUACUAAAGGUCUUAGCUCUGAAUUAGGACGGUGGAUCUAUGCUUUGUUGAGUGUCCUAGAAAUUCCAUUGAAUCCUGAUAUCUGUUCAUCUUUAAGGACAUUAGCACGGGCUUGUUCACGUGCUCGAGCUAAUUUAGCUUCUAGUGAUCACAGUAAAGUAUCAACUAUGAAUCUUUUUAUCUGUCUAGUAGCAAGAUAUUUCAGACAAUUAGAUUUAGCUGAUCCUUAAUAAUAAAAUACUGUAAAUUGAAUGUAAAAUAAUUUUUUAUUUUUCAUACAUAUUUUUUAAUAAAUUAAAGUUUUUAAAUAAAUAAAAAUUAAAUUU